GAUUUCUACGUGAUUCAAAUGUUUGAUUUUGAUUUAAUAAUAUUUAUGCUAGUUUCGGAACUGGCGAUCAAAUGGCAGAAAUAGUAAUAAACAGCAAGAAUUGUACUGAUGACACUGUUUGUUAUUAUUUGUAAUAAUCAAAGGAAAAUAUCUUUUUUUGUUGUGAAAAAUAACCUAAAGUAAUACUAGUUAACAUCAUUCCAAAUAAAAUCUUCCAAAGUGCAACACGAGCCAAUCAACCUUCGAUUACGCCUUCCUUGUUCGUCAACCUUACCGCAUUCCAACGGUUUUGGUCAAAUUUUCACCAAAAUCGACCUUGCCCCAUUAAGAAAUCGGCUGAUCGCUAGGCCGUAGCGUCCUCUAUCGAAGCACAACCGGUAAAAAUUAAACCACUGGAACCAUAUAAAACCACCCGAAAACCAACCGUCAGACAUCACUCGAGUGCGAUCAUCUCACCAACUCGCAGUUCAGGUCCGGAAAUCAGUGAAGCUUGCGAACAUGAAGGCGUUUGUGGUGCUGUCGAUGGCUCUGACCAUCGCGUCCUGUGCGGCAGUCGACAAGGACUCCUCCUCCAAGAAGGACAAGCGUGGCCUGUGGGAGCUGGGAGACGGUUGGAAUCAGCACGGUUUUGACAGCUACGACCAUCACAGCUAUGACCGUCACCACACCAAGGUGCACCACCACACCAAGGAGAUCGUCACCAAGCAUGUGGACCGUCCCGUGCCGUACCCGGUGGAGGUCGUGAAGAAGGUUCAUGUCCCAUACCCAGUUGACCGUCCUGUUCCUUAUCCAGUGGAAGUCGUCAAGAAGGUCCCAGUCCAUAUCGACCGUCCUGUCCCAUACCCAGUGGAAGUUAUCAAGAAGGUGCAUGUUGACCGACCUGUCCCAUACCCAGUUGACCGUCCCGUCCCGUAUCCAGUGGAAGUGCUCAAGAAGGUUCCAGUUGUUGUUGAAAAGAAGGUGCACGUUGACCGUCCCGUUCCAUACCCAGUGGAGGUUGUCAAGAAGGUGCCCGUCCAUGUGGAUCGCCCUGUCCCAUACCCAGUGGAGGUCAUCAAGAAGGUCCAUGUUGAUCGUCCCGUCCCAUACCCAGUUGAUCGUCCAGUCCAUGUUGACCGUCCCGUCCCAUACCCAGUUGAGGUGGUCAAGAAGGUCCCAGUCCACGUUGACCGUCCCGUCCCAUACCCAGUUGAUCGUCCAGUCCAUGUUGACCGUCCCGUCCCAUACCCAGUGGAGGUCGUCAAGAAGGUCCCAGUCCACGUUGACCGUCCCGUCCCGUACCCGGUUGAUCGUCCCGUCCACGUUGACCGUCCCGUCCCAUUCCCAGUGGAAGUUAUCAAGAAGGUUCAUGUUGACCGUCCCGUCCCAUACCCAGUGGAGGUCGAGAAGCACGUGGCCGUCCCAGUCAAGGUCCCGGUCGUCCACAAGGAGUACGUCGAAGUGCCAAAGCCUUACGCAGUUCAUGUCGAGAAGCCCGUCCCAGUGCUCGUCGAAAAGGACCACCAGCACCAUUACCAUCAGGAGAAGCACUGGGAUCAGUACUGAGAGUUCGUGAGUGAUCAAAUGUAAAUAAAUGUUGAGUUUUG